AGAAGGAGCAGGGAGUUGGCUCUGACUCUGAAAGGCAAGAGACUCAGUGAGAGAGAACUGAGAGACAGCUUUACAUCUCUCUGGGCCCAGUGGAUUGCUGAAGUCUCCCGUGCUGCUCCCCCACUGGAACGGGUGGAUAUCGAUGCGGAAAUAGAAAAUGUCCUUCUGGAGCAUUUUAAGGAGCCUGGUUUCCAUGCACGGAUCAGGUCAUUUCCCAAACACAGAGGAUUUUCCUUGGACUUGAAGAAACAUGUCACAAAGAAAAAGGGUUGGAAAACAUAUCUCCCGUGGAAUGUUUCCAAUGCUGAUGUGAACUUGCAGGACAUCACAGACAACAUCAUAAAGCGUGUGUGGGCAAACAUUGAUAAGAAGGAACAGGAGAAACGAGAUUACAGUCGAAACUUUAUUCAUGAAAUACUCCAUGAAGUACAGGAAGGUGUGAACUCCAUCCCCAGCGAUGCACCAUUUAGGGUUAACAAAGAUUACAUCAUAGAUUUAUCUCUGUACCUGUGCGGAACAGCAGCAGAAAGGUUUAAAGCCAUGCAUGAAAUGUUCCAGAAGGCAAAUGACCCAGUCACCUACCUGAACAGCAAG